UCCACCCGCCUUUGCCUCCUUAGUGCUGGGAUUAAAGGCGUGCGCCACCACUGCCUAGCUAAGUUUAUUAUUUGUGAUGUGCUGUGAACUGUGACACUGGUAUGGUUUUGCAAAUACUAAAAGGAUGAGAAAGUAGCUCACAGAUUUCCCCAAAGGAAAAGCUAGGGGAAGCUAUUUAAGGAAAAAGACUCCAGGCCACCGUGAGAAGUUCUGAGUGCUUUUUCCCAUAGCUUUUGCUGCAGGGGAUGAACUGUCGCUGAGUACCUUUGAGGAAAGCAGAGUAUUUCUUUGAGUACGGUCUAUAUCCUGCCUCGGCUGCCUUUCCUUGAAGGAUUGUAACAGGAUGUCUGCACAGUCGGUGGAAGAAGAUUCAAUACUUAUAAUCCCAAAUCCAGAUGAAGAAGAAAAAAUUCUGAGAGUGAAACUAGAGGAGGACCCUGAUGGUGAGGAGGGAUCGAGUGUUUCCUGGAAUCAUCUCCCUGACCCAGAGGUUUUCCGACAGCGGUUCAGACAGUUUGGAUACCAGGACUCACCAGGUCCCCGAGAGGCUGUGAGCCAGCUCCGAAAACUUUGCCGCCUGUGGCUCAGACCAGAGACACACACUAAGGAACAGAUACUGGAGCUGGUAGUGUUAGAGCAGUUUGUUGCCAUCCUACCUAAGGAGCUACAGACUUGGGUUCGAGAACAUCACCCUGAGAACGGAGAGGAGGCAGUGGCCGUUCUAGAGGACUUGGAACGUGAACUUGAUGAUCCUGGACAGCCGGUUUCUCUCCGCCGGCGGAAACGGGAAGUGCUUGUAGAAGAGAUGUCUCAAGAAGACGCUCAGGGAUUACCAAGUUCGGAGCUUGAUGCUGUGGAGAACCAGCUCAAGUGGGCAUCCUGGGAACUCAGCUCUCUGAGGCACUGUGAUGAUGAUGUCAGGACAGAAAAUGGAGCGCUGGCUCCAAAGCAGGAGAUUGCUUCCGCUGUGGGAUCUCAGGAAGUUCCUGGCACUCUUAAUAUAGGUGUUCCUCAGAUUUUUAAAUAUGGAGAAACCUGUUUACCCAAGGGCAGAUUUGAAAGAAAGAGAAAUCCCUCUCGAAAGAAACAGCACAUAUGUGACGAAUGUGGAAAACACUUCAGCCAGGGCUCAGCCCUUAUUCUUCACCAGAGAAUCCACAGUGGGGAGAAGCCUUACGGAUGUGUCGAGUGCGGAAAAGCCUUCAGCAGAAGCUCCAUCCUUGUGCAGCACCAGCGAGUCCACACUGGGGAGAAACCUUACAAGUGUCUUGAGUGUGGGAAAGCCUUCAGCCAGAAUUCUGGGCUCAUUAAUCAUCAGCGAAUCCACACUGGGGAGAAACCUUAUGAAUGUGUCCAGUGUGGAAAGUCCUAUAGUCAGAGCUCAAACCUUUUUAGACAUCAGAGACGACACAAUGCAGAAAAACUUUUGAAUGUUGUGAAAUGUGGAGAAUUCUUCGGGGGUACCUCUUCUCUCAACCAGCAUCAAAAAACUCACACAGGGAAACUGCUCUAUGAGUGUUUGGAUUGUGGGAAAGCUUUUUGCCAUAGGUCAAAGCUGAUUAGACAUCAAAGAAGUCAUACUGGAGAGAGACCUUAUGCAUGUAAAGAAUGUGGAAAAGCCUUUGGUUUCAGAGCAGAUCUUGUUAGACAUCAGAGAAUUCACAGUGGUGAAAAACCCUAUGAAUGUUGUGACUGUGGGAAAGCUUUCAGGGGCAGCUCAGGGCUCAUUAGGCACAGGAGAAUUCAUACUGGAGAGAAACCUUACGGUUGUGAAGAGUGUGGGAAAGCCUUCAGCCAGAGCUCCACUCUUAUUCAGCAUAAGAAGAUUCACAGUGGAGACAAAGGCUAUGCAUGUACUGAAUGUGGUAAGGCUUUUAGGAGAAGUUCUGUUCUUAGGGAACACGAAAGAAUCCAUACUGGUGAGAAACCUUAUGAAUGUAAUGAAUGUGAAAAGUCCUUUAAUCAAAGCUCAGCCCUCACCCAGCACCAGAGAACCCACUCUGGGGAAAAACCUUAUGAAUGCUAUGAAUGUAGGAAAAUAUUUAGGCAUAGGUCAGGUCUUAUGCAGCAUCAGAGAGCACACACCAGAGUUCAGCUCUGUGGGUAAGAGUUAUGUAAUUGUGAAAUGCAAGGAAUUCACUUUGAAGGGGAGAUUCCACAAAAAUUAGAAGUUUCCAGACAGCAAGACUUUUUCUUUCCAGCCUAGUUCAGUUCCCUUAAGAGACUCACACAAACAGCUUACAUAUUGGAAGAGUUUUAUCUAGAUCUUGUCUACAGACUUUUCAAAAGAUGGACCCACUCUGAAUGAGGACCCUCACCAGUAUGUUCUUCAUCCAUUCCCCACCACAGAACUGUCAUUGAGCACCUCCAUGUGAGUCCAUGACUGUGGAUCCAGCACGAUCUCCUAAAUGCAAAGGUCACUGUCCAGCCAAAGUGGACAGUGCAGUGUCUGGCAGGAGUGCAUUUUUCAGUUCCUGAAGUCUGAAAUGUUGAAUUGAGGCUAUGAAAUGUCGUGUCCUGGGUCAGUUUAAUAUCUGAGGAAUGGAAGCUGUCUGUCCCAUUGCCAGUUCUUUCAACUCUGAGCUUCCUGAUGUAGUCUACUUCCUUAUUGGUACCUCCUGAGCCUAACCAUUGGGAGAACAGACUUGAUCACUGCCCCCUCAAAAUUUAGGGCUAAUGGAAUAUACAAAUUUAUUAAUCAAGUAAUUCUGGUAAGAGUGUGUCAAUAACUGCCAGAUAAAUGUAGGGUUCUGUUGGAAGAUAUCCAGAGAUGCUUUACCUGAUUUACAAAUUAACUAAAUAUUUCCUUGGGUGUGAUAUCUCAUUUGAGACCUAAAAUACAGAAGUUAGCCAGGCUAAUGGCAGAAGAUCAGAGGCAGAGUUUAUAUAAUACAUACAUGGAAUGAUGAGAAGAGAGGAUCUGGAGACAUUCCUGUUUCUUCUAUUCCUGCUGGAAUUUUCUGAUUCCAGUUCAGAAGCCAGGUUGGUUUCUUUUGCUGUUUGUAAUAGCCUGAGUUGGAUAACCUGUUUCAGAUCACGAGACUUUUAUGAUCUGGAAGUAUUCAGUUAGCGUAACUAGUGUUUCUAAUGUAUACCAAGGAAACAGCAUACACUGGAAGCUGAGGGACACUGGAGUCUGGAGUCCUUCUCAGCAUUAGGCUUGUAGAUGAUAAGCCACUUGAGGGAAAUACAUAUUGAGUCAAUCUCUCAGACUCUUCAAAACUUUAAUUUGGCAGUUUUAAUUAACCCACGAUUGCUGAUGGUAAUUUUUACUUAGGAAAAUGCACCAUUUUUGAAGACUUGGUAAUAGCUAUUGUGAGUAGAGGAGAUAAAAAUGGAUAUGGUUCUCACUUCCAAAGGAUGUGCAGUUAUGUAAGAUCUGACUUAAAGAGAUAAUUCAAAUGGACCGUGAAUUGCCUUUCUUAUAGAUGACAAGUGUUUUAAGUAUCAUUUAACCCUUUUUCUAAUUGCGAGCAUUGAGAAGUAUAACUUAUCCAUAAUGGUGUUACCCAUAGCAAGAUUAACUUUUGAACUACUUCCUGUUUUUCUGUAAUUCUAAUAUUUCUGGUAAAAAUCUCUAGUAUAAUUUUCUAAUUUUAAUAUUUUUAUGUUCAAUAUGCACUCCAGUUGCUUAGUAUCAGCAUGCAAUGGAAUGUAUUGUAAUAAAACUGAAAUUUUAAAAUUUUGCUUUUAAAUCAUUCAGGUAAAAACAGUAUGAGUGGAGUUAGGCUGGAGGGUAGAAAGGAGUGUAGAAAAAAGGGAAGUAGCACACUUAAUUUCUAGUUCCUGAAUUAAAUGAAAUAGCAUGAAGCUGUGAUAGCCAGACUUUUGAGUUGCUGGAGUACUGGAGUGAAAAAUCAAGACCCUUUUAAAUUCAUACGUAUACUAAAUCCACCAAGAUAGCCUCCCUCAGCAGUGCUAAGUGCUGAGAAAGACCUUUGGUCUGACAUCAAAUUAUGUGCAUGUGAAUGCAAAUGCCUACAGAGGCCAGAAACGGGCACUGGAUCCCUUUGGAGUGGAGUUACAGGAGGUAAACCACCCAGUAUGGGUGCUGGGCAUGGAACUCUGGUCCCCUACAGAAGCAGUUCCUGCUCUAAGCCAUCUCUCUAGUCCCAUGUUUUAGGUAAUUUUGAGACAGUUUCAUAUGAAGCUUAUGGCCGAGAUGUGACUUCCUCUUCAGCGGUUCAUAAACAGAAGUAGGUUAGUAGGUCACUGGCAAAUGACUUGGAAACUCAGUCCUCUCAGACCUAGUUGCAGGCUGUGGUAUGAGGGAGGAACUUAAGUUCCAUGUGAGGCAAGCAUUGCUUUACAGGCUGCUCCUGGAGCAAGAGGAAGAGCAGAGCAGAGAGAAGGGCACUGGCUGUUUUCCUUUCAGCUGCUGUUGGUGUCCAUGAAGCAUAAAGACUGACAUUGACUGUAAGAUCAUCUUCAGCUCCUCUAACAGAUGAGCUAACUUGUUUAUGUCUGCUGAACUCAUGGGAAAGCAUUAAUGACAGGAGUUCUGAAUUACUUACCACUUGCUUUUCUGAGCCAUAAAUCAUCAUGCAUGAAAGUUAACUUGCACAGGAAUUUAGAAUUUGAAGGGGAUUCCUUCAAUAUUAUGAAAGUAUAUCUGCAUUGAUUUCAUCAACAAUGAAAGAUCAGAGUUAAGUUAGUUAAAACUUGAGACACGGAUGUCUUAGAAGGCAAGUACUUGUUUUCACUAUUUUGGGCUUUUGUUCACUGCCUGCUAGCCUGGGGCCUUAAACAUGGUAAAUUUAUGCUUUACAACUGAACUAUAUUCUCUUGCCCCUCCCUCUAUAAGCAGUGCUAGACUUUGCAGUAAAACUUUAAAUACAAAAAUAGCACAUUACCUGUAACUUCACUACCCAGAAGUAACCAUCUUGACAUUGUAUGUCUGUUAUUUUUAAUGCGUAAUGUUUUACAUGGGUUCAUGCUGUAUAUAGUGUAUUUAAUAUCUCAUGAAUGUUUCACAUGUUUUAACAGCUUGUAAGGCUGCAUAUUCAUGGUUCCUUAAGUAUAUUUCUGGGUAGAGUGUCAAGGUCCAAUGCAGUGCUGAAGGGUUUUGGUACUGAUUGCCAGAGGUAAUGUAUUCACAGCUCAUUAGCAACAAGAGUCCUAAUGUUCAAAUCCUUGUUAAUUUUAUAUGGAAAAUAAAUACCACCUUCACUCCUACUCCAACAUGACUGUAACUCCCAUGACUGGACAUAUGUAUAUUGUUCACUAGCACAUCUGUGACUUAAAUGUUAGUGGGACUUUUUCAUGGAUUGUAUAAAGUACAUAUAAAAUUGUAGUUCUGAGUUAAAACUCUGGACCUUUUAACUAUGAUAACCUCCAUUUCCCAUGUGUACAAUAUGAUUUGUACUAAUGACUAACAUACGCAAAACCCUUGACAAAUACCCGUUACAUCUCCUUCUGAUCCUAUGUAAGAGAUCUAGGGUAUCUCCCUUUUUUAACAUUAUCUACUGAACAUCUACAUUAGGCAUUUAGUUUGUUAUUUUUAUUGGUUAGUACAUACUCACCUAUAAAUGUCCAAGACAUCAUUACUUUUGUAUCCUUGUAAAAAUUAUUUUUCUGUUUCUACAUAGAUUUGAUUUUGUUAAGGUAUAUUAUUCCUCCAAACUAUUAGGUCUUUGAAUUGACUGUUUCUACCCAGUGUUUUUGAGAUGGUCCCAUCAUGUAGCUCAAACUGACCAGGUAUGCCUUUUGUCUCACUGUUGAGACUGCAGGGAUGACAAGGCUUUUUGAGUUGAUCAGCUUUCCACGUUGCACCGUGCACCAGCAUUAGGAUACUCUUCCUGUGGGGCUCCUCAGAAGAGGGCAAGGCCCAACAAAAUCAGCGUCUUCACUGCUCUAGCAUUGCCCUUAAAAUGUUCAGGAUACUGCUAAAUAUUGCUGACAUAAGACAAAAUAUGUGCCAAAGACCCAGAAAUGGAGAAUUUUUGAGCACCUGCACAAGGCAGAUUGUGCUCAGGUGGAGAAAUGGCAGCAUUACAAACAGUUGCUAUGGCAUCUUUUAAUAUAGCAACUCCAAUAUUGUCUUAAGAGCCCAAAGAGUCUGCAUCUAGGCUGUUCUUAUAUAAUGGACUCCUCCUACUCUGUAGUUUAAACAUUGUCUCAGGUUGUGCUGGGAAACUGAUUAGCCCUUACUAUUAGGCCACACUGACCAAGGACUCUAGGAUUUUACGAGUUUAUUAAUAGAAACUACAUAGGCUCAUAUACAGUGCUUGAGAGUCUGGCUGUAAUCCUGUCUCACAGAAAGGAUGCCAAUUUUGAACUUAAUAGGUAAUGUUCCAUAUUUUGUUCCUGGUGAUAAACAAAACAAUCUCUUUCAUUGUAACCUGGCCUAUCUUCCUUCCUAGUUAACUCAUUUUUCAUGUCAUUUCAAUAUCCUUUAUCCAGAGUUCUUCACAAGAGGGAAAUGGGGAAAGUGCAGGGCAGUGGCAGGCAGAUUUCUGAGUUCAAGGCCAGUCAGCAUGGUCUACAGAGUUCCAGGACAGCCAAGGCUACACAGAUAAACCCGAACUCCACCCCCAAAGGCUGUAAUAGUGACCAUAUUAAAGUGUCAUUACCUGACUGGUAAUGGCCAUUAGACUGUAGAAAUAUCUUUUUUCAUUUUAUUUCUAGUCACUGGCACAAAGCCGGUAUAAAAAAAUAACAGAACUGACCACUUGCCUAGCAUGUGAGGCCCUAAGUUCAAUACCCAGUACAUGGGUGGGGGGAAUGGACAGGGCCCUCAGGUUGUCUAAACUAAUUUGUAUCUUUUUCUUCUCAAGCUCAGUUUGAGCCUGGCUUGGGAUCAACAAAUCAUCAAUGAAAUUGUUUGCUCACUUUUCUUGUUGACUGGCUACUGUUGAGUAAAAAACUUUUGAAUUUCUUAAGCAGUCUCUCAUGUCAUUCAUAUUAUCUGGUACAGACAAUCAGAUGUACUGACAGACAGGAUGAAGCCUUUUCCCAUGACGUUCUCAUAGAAAAUGAGGUCUCAAUAUUACAUUUUUUUUUUUAAUUUUUCUGAGUAUUCCUAAUGUUAAGAGCAAAGCUCAAAGGAAUGGUC